CUCCUUUUUCUCUCUCUCCGGAAAUGGAAACCGCACCUCCGCCACCCGCGGCUGCUCCACCUCUUUCAUCGGCUAUCAACAAUUCAGCCUUCCCCGCUGCCGCAAUCCCCACCACUUAUGCUGAUUCCAUCGAUUCUUCACCACGCUCCCGACACACGGACUCAUGGGAAGACCCUGCUCCUGCCCCUGCUCUCCACUUGAAGCUCCGCCUUAUGUGCAGCUAUGGCGGCACCAUCUUCCCUCGUCCCCACGAUAAAACGUUAAGUUAUAUCGGCGGAGACACUCAUAUGGUUGUGGUAGACCGCCACAAUUCCCUCGCCUCUCUCCAUCACCGUCUCUCCCAUUCUCUUCUUCACGGCCGCCCGUUUACUCUCAAGUACCAGCUUCCCUCCGAAGAUCUCGACUCUCUCAUCUCCGUUACAACCGACGAAGACCUUGAGAACAUGAUCGAAGAGUACGACCGUACCUGUUCGCAGACCACGUCAUCAAGCAAGUCCUCCCGUAUUCGCCUCUUUCUUUUCCCUCUUAAUCCGGAGGAGAUACCGGUCUCUUCCCAUUCAGUUGGGCCGAUCAUUAAUAAUUCGACCAAGUCCGAUGAAUGGUUUCUCAACGCAUUGAAUGGGUCGGGGUUGAUAAACAGAGGGUUCUCGGAUUCGGCUACGAACGUGAAUUGUUUGUUGGGAUUGGACGAUGAUCGUCAGGUUAAUGUCGUUGAAGCUGGUUUGAAAGAUGACGGGACCGGGAGUCGGAAGAAUAUGAAUUCGAAAAACCAAGAUGUUCAUUCAAUUCCCGAUUCUCCUAUGCUUGAAACUAAUUCUUCAUUUGGUUCAACAUCUUCGUCUCCUUCGCUUGCUAACUUGCCUCCAAUUCGAGUCCGCCCCGAGGACCAGAGAGAGCCUAAAUUGAUGGGGAUUGAAGAACGGUUUGCUCAGUUUACUCUAACUUCUGGCAGCGGUGGUGGACCUGGAGGUGUGAAGCAGCAGGAGGAAGGGUUCGUGGCUUUGCCAACGUCCCCGCCUAUGCCGGUGGGCAUUGUUGUUCCCGGUGAUGGGCUGGGUUUGACUUCAGGUGUGGUUCCCGGAGAGUAUACUAAUAGGGGCUUCUUCGAUGAUGAAAGAUCCGAUCAUGGGGCUCCUGUUGGGUAUAGAAAACCAGCAGCUCCACAGUCACUGCCUCAGCGUCUCCAAAACCAACAGAAGUCCGGCAGUGGUCAUGAAUUGGCUUCUCCGGAUUCCGUCUCAAGUGAUAGUAGCUUUACAAAUCCGUUGUCACGCCAAAAACCGAUGAUUUAUCAAGACCCAGUUGUUCAAAUCUCAUCUGGGACUAACAGGGCUCCUGCAAACCCUGUCGAUCCUAAUUCAAACCCUCAGGUUCCGAUGCAACAACCGGUUCAAGACUCUGGUUAUAUUUUGCAGCAACCCCAAUUCGAUCAGCAACAACAACAACAACAACAAUUCUUACAUGCUGGUGCAGCACAUUACAUUCAGCAUCACCCCACUGGGGCAGUGCCAAUCUCGGCUUAUUACCCUGUAUAUCCUUCACAACAACAAAGCCAUCAUCGGCAUCACACACAGAUUGAUCAGCAAUAUCCCCUGUAUUAUGUGCCUGCAACUCAAGCCCAAGCUUACAACAUGCCUGUCCAGCAAUCUAGUAUCAGUGAAGCCGCCACAGCGAUCCCAUCCAGCCGUCCAUUGACUACUCUAGCAUACAGCCAUAUGAAAAAUCCUCCUAUCGCCGAACCCGAAAUGACUGCUGCCACUGGAGUGUACAGGAUAACAGCCACUGGUACACCACAACUUGUUCAAGUGCCAAACAAUCAACAUCGGCAACAAUAUAUGGGUUACUCUCACAUUCACCAUCCAUCACAAUCGGUGGCACCUACUUCUGCCGCAACUGCUUCAUAUGCUUAUGAAUUCACUGAUCCCGCUCGUGGUCAGGUAUAUUAUACUCGGCCUCUGACUCCGCCUCCUACAAUGUCUUCUCAGUACCAAACCAUGACUGCAGCUUCUGCGGUAGUGUUGCCGGAUGCAAAUUCUCAACUUCCGGUCGAUAAUGUCAAGCCACAGGUCAGAACAUCGCAGCCAAUAUAAAUCAUUAAAGAACGCAAACAACAAUUUUGUGAAAUGGUUUUGGUUUAUAACUUUACAUAUCUUUAAAAUUCUGUUUUAGUGUCUGCCUUGUUUGUGGUUAUGUAUUCCUGAGAGAAAAAUAACUGGUGCUCUUUUACUGCUUUGUGUAUUGUCAUAUGAAAUGAAAGUCAUCUGAAGAUUAUUAUACUGUAAAAGCUUCAACUCAAAAGUAUUGUGUGUUGUACUGUU